ACGAAGCACAUGAUGAAAAUGUGCUGGGAAAGAGAGCUGCAAACAUGCUGAUAGAUGCUGGGAGAAGUCAAAAGGAGUGGUACCCAGGAGGAACUAGUCAUCAUCAAUAUUAUUAAGGUAGAGCUGUGGAUCGAACCAAGGCUGGCUAACCCAUCGACCAUGGUGCAAACCAGCAAGCCCCUGGGUGACUUCUCUAGAUGUUGGGGAAACAUCCAGACACCAUUUUGCAGGUAUCAAACUUCUUUUAAGAUGUUGUGGACAAGAAAAAUAAGUGCUGCAAGGAUGAAAGAGAUGCCAUGUGGGCAAAGAAGCCAAUAAGUGAAGGAAACUAUCGUCUGCUUCAGAUUGGGGUGCUUUGAGUUGAGCUGUUGAGACACAAGUUGAAUGGGCUUGGUAGCGCAGGGAAGGGAAUCGGAUGGAGCAUUUCAGUGUGGUGGGGUACAGGGGCCGGUGCAGGAGGAUGGAUACAUCGCAGCAUCGCUGGCAAGUCCACUGCAGAAACUGGUCCAGAAUCUCAUCGAGCGCUGUCUCCAGCUGUAUAUGAACCAGAAAGAAGUGAUUGAUACCCUCUCCCUUGAGGCCAAGAUAGAACCGAGCUUUACUGAACUUGUUUGGCAAAAACUUGAGGAAGAGAACCGUGAAUUUUUUAAGGCAUACUAUUUGAGGCUGAUGCUUAAGAAUCAAAUAACGGCCUUCAACAAGCUUCUUGAGGAUCAGUUCCAGCUUAUGAACAAAGACUAUUCUUCAGGGAUCCCUUCUAUGCCUCUUACUAAUGGCUCCAACUCCACAACAUUGAAGCAAAACUCGUGCUUUUUACCAGAGUCUGGUCCCAUAUCUGCAAUGCCAAAUGGUGUGAUGCGCAAUGGAAGUUCAGGUGGUUUAGUAAAUGGAACAUCAUCUGGUGAUCAUUCAAUUUAUGGUGGUAAAGACAUUCAUGGUCCUCAUAGUAGCAUGGAUGCUUCAACCAACGUGCUACCAGCCCAAAAUGCAUCUGCUCUGCUGUAUGGUGCAGAUAAUAAUGGUACAACAAUAAAGACAGAGUCAAGCUAUUCGAGCAACGCUGAUUUUGCUUUCUGUGGGAACGCUUUCCUUGAAUCAUGCCAAUCAAUUGGCGAUGCCUCGGGUGGUUCCUUUAGCAGCUCAGAUUUGAACGGGCAACCACUGAAUGAUGCACUUUUGGAUAUGGAGUCAUCGUCAUUUGGCUUCUUGAGCCAGAUUCCCCGGAAUUUCAGUUUUUCAGACUUAACAGAGGGGUUCAAUCAAAAUACAGAAGUAUUAGAGAAUUAUGGCAGGUCGCCAUUUCUCUCAUCUGAGCCAAAUAACUUCUCAGAUUCUACAGGUGGAGAACAUACAGGCUGAGCAGCUACCCACCUUUUUGUACAUAUUCAUGGAGAACUUGAGCAACUUUCAUGCUAGCCUUUUCCCUUAUCAGUUCCGAUGUCUUGUAAUGUAGAGUAUGGGAUGAGUUGUAACUUGAUCAAAAGAUGCAGCAGAUCUGGCCCCCGGUCGCUUGCCGAAGGUAUUGUAGUUGUGCCCUGCCUUGUACAUUGGUGUUGUGCUGUAAGAUCAGCAUUAGUAGCUGUGAUGUUAAAUUUGCUGGGUUAAUGGGUUAUGUUCUUGUCUGGCAUGUACAACAGAAGUUUAUUAAUUUCAAGUGAAUGCUGACGAGAGAGUUUGAUUUGUGA